AUGUCGUGUACCCUGUCUAUACUCAAUUACUCAUUUACUCAUUUCCUCCAUCACCCUUUUCAGCUUAGCCACUCACUUUCGCGUUUAUCGCAGCCGCUCCGAAACCAGCGCCAGCUCCGAUCUCCUGCACCUGCCGCGUGCGUGGGCUGCGUGCUGGACAAUGCUGGGCCUGCACCGAAUCUGCAGUACCUGCGCCAGCGCGACUGUGGUGCAAAUCCUAGUAUCAAGACAAGACUACUAAACAAUCUAAACGAGUCAACAACGGUUAGCUCAAAAUGUCAUCUCAUACACUCCAUUCCUCUUCUGCUCUUCUGCUCUUUUUUUCCUUUUUUCUUUCCUUUUCUUUUUCUUUUCUCUUUCUUUCCACCUUCGUGCCGCUACCGAACACGAUGUUUUUUUCCGCCACGUAUCUCACCAUAUAUAAACCGCGCCGUGUCGCCAGGUCUCUGCGCUUAA